CAAGAGACAGCGACCAGACCCUCCCUCUCUCUCUCAAUCUCUCUCUCUCUCAAACACCCGUCUUUCCUUCUCUUUCACAAUCUCCUGUAUCUCUCACUCUAGUUUCGGGGAGGCUGCACAUACACACAUGCUCAGUGAGUCUCUCUGUGCCCUGCUGUCUUACUCAGCGUUUCAGGAACACAAGCUGACUCUUCUGCACUCUUCUCUGCAUGACUGUCACAAAGACGAAAGAAAGUCAUAGACAUCUGGGAUGGCAAGAGGAUAGCACAUGAGUGAAAUCGUUGGAAAAUGUCUCUAAGCGAAUGAUCGUACAGAUAUGUCAUGGCGGCCGACCUACCGAAGCUCAAAGUUUCGAAACGUCUAUGGCAAAGUGGCCAACCGAGAGCACUGCUUCGAAGGCAUCCCGAUCACAAAGAACGUCCAUGACAAUCACUUCUGCACAGUCAACACCAAGUUCCUCGCCAUAGUAACAGAGAGCUCGGGAGGAGGAUCCUUCAUUGUUAUCCCGGUCACUCAGUUUGGCCGUAUCGACCCUCACUAUCCAAAGGUCUGCGGUCACCAAGGCAACGUGCUGGACAUCAAAUGGAACCCUUUCCAUGACAACAUUAUCGCUUCUUGUUCAGAGGACUCUUCUGUGCGAAUAUGGGAGAUCCCUGAUGGUGGACUGAGAAGAAAUUUGACGGAGGCUUUAUUAGAACUUUAUGGCCACAGCAGGCGUGUAGGCCUCAUAGAGUGGCACCCAACCACUAGUGGCAUUCUCUUCAGUGCUGGCUAUGACUACAAGAUCCUGAUUUGGAAUCUUGAGAUUGGUGAGCCGGUGAAAAUGAUCGACUGCCACCCAGAUGUGAUCCUUUGUAUGUCGUUUAACACUGAGGGAAGCCUACUGGCCACCAGCUGCAAGGAUAAGAAACUCCGUGUCAUCGAGCCCCGCUCUGGCAAAGUGCUACAGGAGGCAAACUUCAAGAACCACAAAGUGAACCGUGUGGUGUUCCUAGGCAACAUGAAGCGACUUCUGACGACAGGUGUGUCCCGCUGGAACACACGCCAGAUUGCUCUCUGGGACCAGGAUGAUCUGUCCAUGCCAAUCAUUGAAGAGGAGAUUGAUGGCCUGUCAGGCCUGCUUUUCCCUUUCUAUGAUGCAGACACACAUAUGCUCUACCUAGCAGGCAAGGGUGAUGGGAACAUCAGGUACUAUGAGUUCACCCUGGAGAAGCCCUACCUGCAGUAUCUCAUGGAGUUUAGGUCCCCUGCACCGCAGAAAGGGCUUGGAGUGAUGCCGAAACACGGACUGGAUGUAGGAGCGUGUGAAGUCUUCAGGUUUUAUAAGUUGGUGACUCUGAAGGGCCUGAUUGAGCCGAUCUCUAUGAUCGUGCCUAGAAGGUCAGAGACAUAUCAAGAAGAUAUAUACCCCAUGACUCCUGGGACAGUACCUGCGCUUUCUGCUGAUGAGUGGCUCAGUGGAAUCAAUCGAGGCCCUGUGCUCAUGUCCUUGAAAGAGGGCUACAACAGACCCAAUAAGCUGGUGUUCAAGGCCCCUGUGAAGGAGAAGAAGAGUGUGGCUGUCAGUGGGAUUGACCUGCUGGAAAACGUGCCUCCCCGUACAGAGAAUGAGCUCUUGCAGAUGUUCUUCAGGCAGCAGGAUGAGUUGCGGCGACUGAAGGAUGAACUAGCUCAGAAGGACAUUAAGAUACGACAGCUUGAGCUGGAGCUCAAUAACAUAACAAACAGCCCAAACAACAAUAACAACAACAAUGGUAGCAGCAUUUGACAUGGAAUCUUUACUGUUUCUAAUUAUUUCCUCACCUAAAGUGACACCUACAGCACUGCUGAAACUCCACAUUGGGCCUUCUUCUUCCUAACAGUCCAAUGUCCUCCCGCCAAGAUCCCUGAAGACCAAGCGCUUGUCUUCACUGAGCAGUGUUUCACUCUGACCCCUAGUGUUGACCCCACAGUGACCAUGUGCUAAGUAGACUUUAUUGGAGUAUUGAUUCACUAACUGUGUGAAAACUCUCCCUUCAAAUGACCUUCAUUCACAAUAUCAAUCUACUUGCGGUGGAUUGGUUCUUACUAUAUAAAGUGAAGAGUUAUACAAGACUCACAUAUGCACCCACAGAUAGUUGGGGAAGUCUCGUUUAGAGGGAGGUGCAGUUGGAUAUGAACAGAAAGGGCUCCUUUUCUUUAUCUUUCUUAAAGGAAUAGUUCACACAAAAAUGAAAAUUAUGGUUUUAAUUACUCACCUCAACAUACCUGUAUGACUUCCUUUUUUUUUUUGUGGAACACAAAAGGAGAUUUUAGGCAGAAUGAAAGCCUCAGUCACCAUUUACUUUCAGUUUAUGCCAAAAAAAAUGCUAUGAGAGUGAAUGGUGACCAAGGCUAACAUUCUGCCCAACAUCUCCUUUUGUGUUCCACAGAGGAAAGAAAGUCAUAUGGGUUAAGAACAAAAUGAGGGUGAGUAAAUGAUGAAAGAACCAUCUCUUUAACCAUUCUCUUUCAUGUAAUUGUAAUCCUUUCCUCUCUUUUCUCACAUAUGAAUGUUUACUGCAAGGCUUGUAGUCUUGCAUUGGAUUGGUUUUGAUUUGACUUGGUACAAGCUAAUAAUUGCAUUAUCAUCUCAUAAGUUUAGUCUGACCUAAAUUUAAUUAUUAGAAUUAUUUAUUUAAUACUUAUUUCCUUUCCUAAUAAGGAAUUGGUUUAAAUAGCUUAGUAAACUUCAGAUAGGGUCAUGGCUAUUAAGACAGAGAUUAAAUGUAUUGUGAGGCUUAAGGUCAAAUAUUUGAAUGACUGCAAGGUCAAAUAGAAAUGUUUCACCCAUCAAGCUGUUUUCUCAUGAAAACAUUAGUACUAUUGUAUAAGUUUGUUAUGUUAGUACCCACAGUGCUGAUUUAAAAAAGAAUAUUCAAAAACCACAGUUAACCAAUACACAAUAGAUGAUAUUUAUCCAAUUGUCAUACCCUGAAUUACUGGCAUACUAAUUUGAGUUGGGAACUGUGGUGACUCUUGCAUUGCUCUUCUUCACAUUGCGCAAUACACAGUAAAAUAUGUUCAGGUGAGUUUAUAGAGGCAAUUGAAAUGGGUCGAUAAAGCAUUUAAGUUAACUAAGUGAGAGGAUUUUACAGUGUGGAUAAUUAAGCAAUGCCAUAAUGAAUUUUAAAAGUCACACUUUGCACCUGAUAUACACAUUAAAUCUUGAAUGGAAUCCACUAAUUGUAAAAUCCAAUUAUGAAAUUAAUUAGUAAUAGAUGUAGUAUUAGGCAUGGACAUGGUAAUGUUAUGCAGAUCUGGGUAAGUAAAGUUUGAAGGGAAAGUGAGUGUACCUCUUUUCUGGCAGUUUAUAUUUUUGAGUUGUUCGGUUGGCAUUCUGAGGUAAUUUGUCAGGAUUGUAUCUUCUAGCCAUGAAUUACCCUUGCCUCCCUUGUAGUAUUCAAAUUACUGACCUCUUAUAUAAAUUGCUUCUUAUAUUAGAUCUAAAUUCUCAUGAAGCCCUUUCAAAUGUUUGCUUGUACAGUGGAGAAAUUCCUUGUGGGCAAAUGUAUUAUGCCACAAAAUACAGGUGCAGUCAUGCUCUUUAAAUCAUGCUCCUCUGUAAAGGUUACCCUAUUAAUUAUAAUCAGAACACCUUUAUUGUGCCCUUAUAAGACAAACUGAAAGCCAUGAACAAACUUGCAGCUAAUCUUUAAACAUUUAAUGGACAAGCUGUGACCAGGAUUUCAGCUUUUAAAAUGAAGAUAUCCCUGCUAUAAUAUGGUGAUCACUUCAUUGUUCAAUCAACCAGUAAUUAAAAGCCCUCAGACCUUAAAGGAACAGUUCACACAAAAAUGGAAAUUCUCUCAUCACUGACUCACCCUCAUGCCACCCCAGAUGUGUAUGACUUUCUUUCUAGAAGAAUAUCUCAGCUCUGUAGGUCUAUACAAUGCAAGUGAAUGGGUACCAAAAUUUUGAAGCUCCAAAAUGCACAUUUAGGCAGCAUAAAAGUAAUCCAUGAGACUCCAGUGGUUAAAUCCAUAUCUUCAGAAGCAAUAUGAUACAGUAGGUGUGGGUGAGAAACAGAUACCUAUUUAAGUCUUUUUUCCCCGUAAAUUCACUUCCCUUCCCAGUAGGUGGCGAUAUGCACGAAGCAUGUGAAUCGGCAAAAACAAAAGAAGAAGAAUGUGAAAGUUGAGAUUGAUAGUAUAAAUUGACUUAAAUAUUGAUCUGUUUCUCACCCACACCUAUUAUAUCACUUCAGAAGACGGAUUAAACCACUGGAGUCAUAUGAAUUACUUUUAUGCUGCCUUUAUGUGCUUUUUGGACCUUCAAAGUUCUAGCUACAAUUCACUUGCUUUGUAAGGACCUACAUAGCUGAAAAAUUCUUCUAAAAAUCUUAAUUUGUGUUCAGCAGAAGAAAGAAAGGCACACACAUCUGGGAUGGCAUGAAGGUGAGUAAAUGAUGAGAGAAUUUUCAUUUUUGGGUGAACUGUUCCUUUAAAUUUGGUGUUUCGUCGCAUUGGCAAGAUUUCAGACUUUUGAGAUGCCACAGCAUGGAAAGCAAGUUGGUUUACCUUUGAAUACAGCCAGUGAGUUUGAGAUUUUCUUACUGUAACUAUUUAAUGAAAAAAACUAUGAACCUCAAGCUUUGUAAAUAUUUUGCCUCAUAAAACAAUAACGCAAACACCUGUGAGCUCCAGUUUCCUUUUUGCACAGCCCAAUCUUGUUUUGUUUUUUGAGGGAGAAAGUGCACUUCAAGAAGUCUGACAUUAGGGGGCAGUAAAGCCACAGUCUUUGACAGAGCAUAGGCGUACACUUGCCAUGGAUCAGCCACUGCACAGAAUCCAACAUAGCAACAUCAGAGCAUUUCUGACAAAAUACAAACAGUGCAGGGGAGACAGCGGGUAAUACCAAUAUCCUAGCGGCUGGCAUAUUUAGCAGACUUCAAACCCUGUACAUGAAUGGGCCAAUGAGGAUAGUUCACUCACUGCACAGAUAAUUAUUUAUGGCCCUUAAACAUGAUUCUGAGCUGUAGAAUCCAAAUUCUCUUGGGCCUUAUAAUACAUAGUGUAUAAUUUUUGGUGCAGAGGUGAGGGGGAAUAUUAAUUUAGACGUUCACAGUGUGAGGUGUCUGAAUAUCAGCAGUACUCGGGCCCUUUAUUUGAUGUCAGAGAAGACACACUGCUUACACAAGCACAAUUAUUGACAACAUACUUUGUACUGACAGUAUUGACCUGAAGAAUUAUGAGGCAAGACAUUAGGCUUUGAUUAAAAUUAAGUACAUUAAUAGGUAACCACUACUUUGUUUCACUAUUUAUUAUGAAUAACAGUCUGACUACAGUAUGCGUCACAUUUAACAUGAGGUAAUUGCAUGCAAAGUAAUAAUAAUAAAUAAAAAGAAAAAACCUUCCCGAGGAGGAACACUAUAAUGUUAGGAGUUGAAUGUACUCAAAUAGUACAUAGAAACCCAUUGUCUUGACUCACUGUAGGAUACUUAAUUUAACUGUUCAUCAGGAAAUUAUGGCAAGGCAAUUCACAUAGGCUGAGGCUUCCUGUCCACAUAGUAUAUUAGAGACACUUCAGUUUUUAACACUGUAUGCAAUGCUUUCAUAUUCAAGUUAAUAAAGCACAUGCUUAUACAGUAAAUAUUCAUUUAAACAAAAAUGCUGACUUUAAUUAAUUUGAAUUCAUGUUAUUCUUCUUUUUAAUAAAAUGUUCAAUCAAAAUGAGCUGACAACUGGAUACAGCUCAGUUCAAAUUAUGUAUGCUUUCUAUUUAAAUAAUCAGCAUGUUGCUUGUGAACAUUUACAUAAUAUCCAGUUAUGUACCAUAAAAAAUAUGCAAGCUAUUUUCCCCUGAGCUUCACAAUGCAGUUUCACUUUAUAAUCUUAAAUUAACCCAAAAUUUCAGUGGUGAGAUUAUAUACACUAGCCACCUCUUAACAAGACUCAAUACAUAAUCUAUUGACUAAUUGUGUAAUCAUGUCUUAUUACAAUCUCAUUACAAUAUGUGGAUUUUCUGUGGCCAUAAAUAUAGAAGCUGUCUGUUAGAACAGACAUAUUUAAAAUUACAAUACAGCUGCUUGUGUUUUCAUUCAUUUUAUUACAGUUAAUGGUUACAACUGAGAUUAUUUGUGAAAAUGUCUGCCAUUAUCAAAGGGAAUCAGAAAAAAAAUAUAUUUGGUCAUUAUUUACAAAGAACAUGAAACCUCUUAACUAUCCACACAAAAGGGAGAAGGGGUUUAGGACUCAUUUGACAAGGGCAGACAUUCGGCUCUGAACAUUAAAAAAUAAAAUAAGUCACAUUGAGAGGUCGAACUGUGCAUGUCCAAGCAGACAUCAUGAUCUUCAUGCCUAAACAGCACAUUGGUGGUGCAUGGUGGUGAUGAUAACGAUUAUGAUAAAAACACCAAAGAAACGCAAUACACAAAUCAAAUAUGCGAUAAAAAAGUGGGUUAGAAAAUGUUCUUCCUUGAAAUCCAGUAGUCAACUUUAAAACAGAGUCAGAGUCAGCCAUGCACUUCUAAAAGGUUUUUGGUUGUUUUUUUUUUUUUGUUGUUUUUUUUUUUGUUUUUUUUAAUACAUAAGUCAU